AUGCCGCAACUUCCUCGCUAUGAAUAUACCGGCCCGGUGGAUUGUAGCAUUCCACCAGACCGCAAAGUUCUCAAAGGAAAGAGUGUAAUUAUCACUGGAGGCGCAAAUGGCAUGGGCGAAGAAACGGCGCGCGCAUUUGCCGUAGAGGGGGCAUUUGUCACAAUUGCUGAUCUAGAUGAAGCACGAGGCAACAAACUGGCAGAUGAAUUAAGCCCGAACGCCCAGUUUAUUAAGUGCAACAUCACUUUUUGGGAAGACCAAGUCGAAAUGUUCGAAGCGGCAAUUGCGAAUUCACCACAUAAAAGCUGUGAUAUUGUCAUCGCAAAUGCUGGCAUUAGCCGCGCCUCUGGGGAUGAUCUUUGGCCUUUGGAUGACCCAAACGCCGCACCAGUGAAGCCCAAACUCAAUAUUGUCAAUGUGAACUUGAUUGGUACAAUGUAUACGUGGAAGCUCGCGGUUCACUACUUCCGCAAACAGCCCGAUACCGACGACCGAGAUCGAUGCUUCAUUAUUACCGGAAGCUUAGUUGCGUGGAUCGACUCUCCGGCGAAUUGGCAAUACACCAGCAGCAAGUAUGGACUAAGGGGACUGAUGAGAACAGCUCGUCGGAACUCUCAUGAACAGGGAAUCAGAAUUAACUACGUGGCGCCGUGUUAUAUCAAAAGCGCCAUUCGCUCAGCUGCGUAUGAGGCUGAGCUUAUUUCUAAAGGAGUCGAAUUUGCUCCUCAGGAAGAUGUCGCAAUGUGCAUGAUGAAACUUGCAACGGAUCGGACGAUCAACGGUCAUUCGCUCAUGAUUACUCCACGGUCUGUGGCGAAGGAAGGGUUCAAAGAUGUGGGUAUGGAUGAUCAUGUGGAGGAAGGAUUCUUGAAACGUAAUCAGGAGGUUCAACUGAGGGUUAUUGAGGAUCAAUGGGUACCUGGAUGGAGUAAAGGAAUGACCGCAGAAGGGGCCAGGAAGGUCUAA